AUGCUCGUACAUAAAAUGGAAGACAAAGAAGCACAAGUUCAAGUUCAUUUCACAACCAAACAACAACAAUAUGCAGUUACUGAAUCUGCAAUACUAGUUCCGACUAAAUUACGUCGAUAUGGUCUUUCUGAAAUAAUUAAUCAUUUGCUUGGCUUUGAUAAACCAGUACCUUUUGAUUUUAUGGUUGAUAACCAAUUUUUAAGAACAAGUUUAUCUGAAUAUUUACAAAAUAAUGGAAUAUCAUCUGAAAAUAUAAUAGAUAUUGAAUAUGUUGAAUCUAUGCUACCACCAAAACCAUUAUCCACAUAUGAACAUGAUGAUUGGGUCAGUUCAGUAAAAGGUUACAAUAAACGAUUUUUUUUAACUGGCUCUUAUGAUAAUCAUGUUCAUAUUUGGAAUACUUCUGGAAUAUGUGUGAAAACAUUAAAAGGUCAUAAAGCACCAAUAAAGAGUGUUGCAUGGGUUUCAGUUAUAGGACAUAAAAAUAGCAUAGAAAGUGUUGCAGUUAGUCCAUCAUGUACAGAGUUUGCCAGUGCAUCUUGGGAUUCAAAAAUUAUGUUAUGGACAACUACAGAACCAAACUCAGAUGAUCAAGAAGGUAUUGAUUAUCAAAUGGAAAGCACAACUCCAUUAGCUGCACUAAAUGGCCAUGUUGGGCCUAUAUCAUCAGUAGUAUUUGAUUCUAAAGAUACAGGAAAAUUAUAUAGUGGUGGCUGGGACCAUUCAAUAAGAAUUUGGGAUAUAGAGUCAAGAGUUAAUACAGAUACAAAGAAUUGUGAUAAAGUAGUUUAUGAUAUUGCAUAUUCCAAACUUUCUGGUCUAAUUGCAUCUGGGCAUUCUGAUCAUCUACUUAGAUUAUGGGAUCCACGUGCAGAAGAUACAGCUAUUGUUAAAUUGACACUUGAUUCACAUAAAAGUUGGGUAUCUUGUGUAUCAUGGUCACCAAUAUCACAAUUUAUGUUGGCUAGUGGAUCAUUUGAUUCUACUUUAAAAAUUUGGGAUAUUCGUAGCAAGACACCUUUAUACACUUUUCAACAAAAAUCAGAUUCAUCAAUAUCAGAAAAAAAAAUUUUAUGUAUUGACUGGGAUCAAGAUUUAAUUCUAAGUGGUGGAGAAGAUAAUCAUUUGCAUAUUUAUAGUGCUAAUAAAGUUAAUACAUAA